AUGGCUGACGUUCAACAAGUGAACGCCUCAAAUGGCACCGCCGUCGAUGUGCUGGCGCCGUCGCUGAGGGUCGGUGCCAUCUGUGGCUGCGCCGGUUUCCUCAUUGGCGGCACAUCAGGCAUACUCAAAGGCACCACUCCCUUCUUGUUUGCCACUGCAUCCGCGAUACAAACCUUCGCUCUCGGCACGACAUAUUGGACAUGUCGCAGUGCUUUCCUCCAGUCCCGAUUUGCUAUCGGUCAGAGUCCGCGCGACUGCACGAAAGCCAGUACCGUCGCUGGCGGCGUCUCAGGCGGCAUUAUCGGUCUUGUCACCCGUGGCCGACGAAACUUGCUCCCGGGCAUGCUUGUGUGGUCGCUCCUAGGCUGUACUGGUCAAUUGGCGUACAAUCGCUUCAGCACUGCAGAUCAGAAGCAACCGACGGAAGGGUUCUGGACUCGUUUAGCGAAGCAGAGCUGGACGCCGGUCAAAUUCAUGACUAAUGAAGAGUAUGCUGAAGUGCUUCGUGAACGGGUACUCAAACUGGACGCAGAAAUCGCCGUGCUUGAUGACAAGAUCUCGGAGCUCAAGAGCGAAGAGGCUACUGCUUCCGGCUCCGACACCGCGGCUUCCUCCGGCCCUUGA